AUGGCGUCGGAGCGCGGCGUCACCUGGCACACGCCCACGCCGCCGCCGCACCUCUACCACGUGCCGGCGCCGUCGCCCCCUGACCCACUGCAGGCAAUUAAAGGUGCGGCCGGCAAUUCAGUGUUCCGACACACGGCGACACCGCCCGAGCUCUACAGACACACGCCCACACCGCCCGACAAACAUUUAUUAAGGCAUACUCCAUCGCCAGGUGAUGUCAAAGCAAAUGCUACGUUAGCUUCAGCUGAGCUGUACCCACAUUUAGGUCCAGGCCGAGAUAAGCUGGUGCGCGCGGAGGAGUUGCUCGCGUACGCGCGCGGCGGGGGCGGCGGCGUGGACCUGACGGUGGGCGGCGGGCGCGGCGCGAACGGCUCGCCCGCGCCCGCUCUGUCCGUGCGCGACGCGCCCACCAUCAACAGCCUCAUAGCGCGCGCCGCGCCGCACGCGCCCCUCGCGCCACACGCGCCCCAUGCGCCGCACGCGCGCCCACCCGUCGCUCGCGUCGACGCACUGCUCGAGCGGCUCGCGCCCGCCCCCGCCCCCGCGUCCGCGCCAGCCUCCGCGCUUUCCUCAGCGCCCGCGCCUGCUUCCCCGCACUCAGUCAUCGUACACCCGCGCGCCGCGCACACGCCCUCACCACCAUCUUCUAAUGAGGACUCUACGGAUUCCUGCGGCGCGCCUCCGGGAGCCAAACGGAAACGGAAACCGGAACGCACUAUCCGUAUGCCUGCCGUGCAACCGCCAAACACUGAGCCGCAGCGAGCACCAACGCCCACACCGGAACCAAUCGAAACUCCCGUACUAGCGGCACGAGUCUCCCCACAAGGGGCACGAUCCUCCCCACAAGCGGCACGAGUCUCCCCAAAAGCGGCACGGGUCUCCCCACAAGCAGCACGGGGCUCGCCAGUAGCUGCACGAGUCUCCCCACGCACGGCCCGAGUUUCCCCACACACGGCACGAGUUUCCCCACAUAUACAAACAUUGACGCCGGUCGAGAACGGAGACGCUCACACCCACAAUGGACCAGUCGAACGCCCACCCACACCCACCCCCACGCCUACGCAACCAGACCAACAACACUCAAGAAGAAAAACUCGCUCCGGCUCCGCAGAAACUAUAGACGAUAUCGCCGCCAUGAUAGCCAGCACUGACAGUCGGGAACCAUCGGAGCCGACACCAGUUCCAGACAUACCAGAAACGCCAGUCUCGGUGGAUAAACUUAAAAGUGUGCUGGCCAGUCCGGAGCCUGAAACAAAGUCUGAGCCGGAGAAAGAACCCGAGGCACCCCCUGUAGAAGCGGCCGCAGCGCCACGUAGACGUAGUGCUCGGACUUCUAAUUCUGAAUCUACUAAUGUACCUGUUGAAUCACCAUCAGAGGCAAAACCCGCUGAGCCUGAAGCUGAAGCAAGUAGCGCGGAACCAACAGCUGCUAGUUUUGUGGAAGUGGAGAACCAGUUGGAGAAGAUGUUCGCCGGCCUUGAGGAAGAAGCGCCCUCUAACGCCGCAGAACCAAGCGAAAAACCACAAACAGCGAAAGCGAAAAAGCGACGAAAAUCUGCACCGACUAAAGGCGAAAAGAAAGUGACAAAACGGGCCGGUCGAGCGUCGACUGAAGAAACGAGGAGAAAGACACCGAGGCGGAAAGGCGUUGAGACGACGAAAAAGGCAAAAGACGCGAACGUCAAAGAUGCGUACGACUCGGGAAGCAAUGCUAGCUCGAGUCGAUCGCGAGGACCUUAUAUACAAAUCGUGGGCCCGUGCGCGUCGCCGGUGUCGGUGGCGGUGGUGAACGCGGCGGCGGGCGAGGAGGCGGGCGGCGUGGCGGGCGGGGCUGGGGGCGCGGCGGGCGGCGAGUGGCGCAACGGAUUGCGUGCGCGCGGCCUGCACGCCAGCACGCUGGGCCUGCGCUACGACGCGAGCACGCCGGAUGCCUCCUGGCUGUGCGCCUUCUGCGAGCGCGGCCCGCACGCCGCCGCGCUCGGCGACCUGUUCGGCCCCUACGCCGUCGACACCGACUGCGACGAAUACAGAGCACUGGAUGAGGUCUCUCGCCGUCGCUUUCCCGUGAUGUCGGGCGGCGUAGAGGUGUGGUUCCACGAGGAGUGCGCUGUGUGGGCGGGCGGCGUGGUAGCCGCGGGCGCGCGCGUGUGGGGGCUCGCGGCCGCCGUGUGGGGCGCGCGCGCCGCGCUCUGCGCUGCGUGCGGGCGCGCCGGGGCGGCCGUCGCCUGCGCCGCGCGAGCCUGUCGCGCGCGCGUCCACGCUCCCUGUGCGCCGCACGCCCACUGGUGCCUGCUGCACGACGACUUCCGGGCGCUGUGCCCGCGGCACGCCCCCACACCCUCCCCCUCCCCCGCACCGGCGCCCGCGCCCAACCGGUAA